AUGUACGGCCAGAGCGGCUCCAAAGGCAAAGGCUGGGCCCAGAGACCGCGUACGGAGAACAGCGCAGAUGCCAAGUCAUUGAAGGUAAAGGGGGCGAUCGCUUUGGAGGCGGAUGCAAAGGGCAGUGGGGCUAUGGUAGAGGUCCAGCCGAUCGAGACGAUCGUGACCGCCGGGAACGUGGUCCACCGGACCGAUUGCCGGACCGGAUCGAACGGCCAGGUGACCGACGAGGCGAGCGCCGAGAGCCUCCAAACGACCGUCGUCGCGAUGCCAGGCCGGCACCGGGGCCGGGGCAUCCGGGGCAGCGCUCUCACUUCUGCCUUUUGCAAAGGGGCCAUCCCGGAGACGCUCACCCAGCGGCCCACGUCCGAGUCUCAAAGCCAGCUCUCGCACAGAGUGCAUUCUGCGGGUGCAGCCGGGUCUGCGGGCAUAGCGUUGUCUCUGCCGGCUCCUGUGCAAGUGGAACUGUGUGGAGGUGCUGCCGUACCACCGCCUGCCUCCGUGUCCGGCUUCGCGCCAGAGCCGACGAUCCACGUUUCAGGUUGCAGCAACGAGACGGUGUCGAACAUCAUCCAAGGCUUGUACAACACCAAGGAGUCCAACCACGGGAAGCCAGUUUACAAGAAGGAGGGACCUCAGGGAAGUGUGACGGUCUUGAUCUACUACUGGGACGAACGCGACGGGCCUUCCUUCAACGGCUGGUGGUUCGGCCCGAAGGUCGGCGGGGACCAAGUCUGGGCCUACAAUGCCGGUAACCUGGGCCGCGAGAACGCCAUGCCUCCAACCUCCAACUGGAAGGUGCCCUGGGACGGCAAGGUGGACGAGAAGCUGCGGAUCAGCGUAGGUGCCCCACGCCGGGACCCACGGGACCGGGAGCGUGAUCUCCGGGACAAGCGCGAGGAGGAGAAGCGCCGCCGUGAGGAGGAGGAGCGGCGGCAGCGGGAGGAAGCGCGGCGGCGUCGGCAGCGUGAGGAAGAGCAGCAACGGGAGCAGGCCCGCAGGGAGGCAGAGGCCCGAAGGCGGCGCCAGGAGGAGGAGAGAAAGCAGGAGGAGGCAGCGAACAACGUGCGUGAGGUGCUCAAGAAGCUACGCAAUGCGACACCUGACAAUUUGAAAGGUCUCCAGGCCGAUCUGGACAAAGCAGCUGCCUCGAACUUCCAGGCCAUGGGAGCACUGCGGGACCGCGUUAACGACGAGAUGCAGCACACCAUCACGCAGGUCCAGAAGCGCAUCGCCGAGGAGUUGAAGCAACGCGAGGAAGCAGAGCGGCGGCGGCAGAUGGAGCUGGCGCGCAUGGGGCCAUGGGUCGCGCAUGCUCAAAGUGGGGCCGGAGCCAAGGCGCGCGUGGAGCAGCUCCUGAAAGAGGCGGCGGCGGAGGUCCAGAGCACGGAGGCCCUCUGCAAAGCACGGAGCGGAGUCGGGGAGUUCUCUGCGCUGUUCGCUUUUGCGGCCGAGGCCCGGGUGACCCAGGCGCAGGACGCCAGCACCGCGGCGUGCCAGCGGGGCAUCGAUGCCGAGGCGGCCCCCGAAGACAUCCUGCAGGCCGGGGGAAUGCCGGGGGCAUUGGCCGCGGAACUCCGCGAACCGCGAAGCUUCGCGAAGCUUCGCGAAGUUCGCUUCGCGGAGGCCGUGCAGGAGGCCCAGAAGCACUUGGAGGACGCGAAGGGUCUCCUGGACAGGUCCGAGCGCUUGCUGUCGGUGAAGAAGGAGGCCAUGGGCGCCGGCGAGGGUGCCCGGCACGUGAAGCGCGAGGUGGACGAUUUGACGGGCCGGCUGCAGCAGUCCCACCGGAGCCUGCAGAGGUGCACUGAGACCCUGGAGGAGACCCGAGGACGUGGCUUGCGACGAGCGGCCGCUUUGAAGCAAGACCAGGACUGGAUGGCUGCCUUCAAGAGGCACGACGCGGACGGCGAUGGGCAGCUGAGUUGCGCCGAGGAGCGACUCCGAAAAAAUCCGCAGAUGGGUCAAAGCAGAGAGAUCCCAGCUCGCUUCGCAGAUCUGCUCGCAGGUGGAAGCUUACGCAAGGGAGAACGGGGUGGAGCUGUCAUGAUCUCGACGUUUGUGCCCUUCCUACCGAUGGUUUCUCCGACUUCCAUCGUUAGGCUGGAGCCGGUCACCUUCGAGAAGUUCCUGCGCUUGCGGCAGAAGGUGGGCAUCGCCAAGUUCGAGAGCGAGGCUCGCGCCAGGCGGGCUGCAGAAGAGGAGCAGCAACGGGAGGCCGAAGCCCAACGGCUCAAGGUCCAAGAAAUGGUGGAAGUCAUCACUGCCCAGUUCGAGGAUGGAAAGCUGAAGCUCCAGCAGGUUUCCGAGGAGCUCAAGUCCCUGGAGGCCUCCGCCUCCUCGGAGGCUGUGAGAGCAGGCACGGAGAAGGCCGACAGCGAGGGCCAAGAGGUGCGAGAGAUGCUGGACGCCAUCUCACGGCAGCUGGAAGAGGCCACGCAAGGCUUCCCGCCCUUCGAGCGGGAGCCGAAGCUCAAGAAGGAGGUCUUCCGCUUGCAAGAGCAGCACCGGAUCCUAGAGGUGCAGCUGGAGAAAGUCCUGGGCCACGCGCGGGCCUCCAAGGAAGCGGUGGCCAAGAAGGCCCAGGCAGAGACCUUGGAGCUUCGCGCGCGUGCGGUGGCCGCCCUGCGAGCUCGGAUGAGUGCGGAGGGCCAAUCCGGGGAGGCCCUGUUCGAGGCCUCCGCGGGAGCGGGUCCUAUGGAGCUGGAGAGCUUCAAGGAGCUCCUGAAGGACCUCGCCCCGGCCGCGCAGCUCGAGCGGCUCUUUGUCUCCGUUGCAGGUGCCAAAGAGUUGGACAAGGCCGCAUUCUUGGAUCUUAUCCGGUUGUACUUCAAAUGCGUCAAGGGCACAGUGCUUUCCGAAGACAUCUCGAUCAAGUCCAAAACCGUUCGCCGCUUAGAGGUGGGCGAGGUCUUGGAAGUACUGGAAGGGCCUUCGAAGGAGGACGGCGCCAAUGUGCAGCGCGUCCGAUGCCUCGCCCUCCAGGCCACCAUGUGGCGAAGAACGGUGAACCUAGGAGAGGUCUUGACGGUGGAUGCCACGGAAGACGCCGAUACGGCCGCCAAGAACGCCAAUGAGGACGGCGCCGAAGCCGUAGCCGAAGCUGGUGACGAGGGUGCCGAGGAGGUUGCCGAGGCUGCCGAGGAGGCUGCCGAGGAGGCUGCCGAGGAGGCUGUCGAGGAGGCUGCCGAGGAAGCUGCCGAGGAGGCUGCCGAGGAAGCUGCCGAGGAGGCUGCCGAGGUUGCGGAGGAAGAAGCUGCGGCUGAGCCCACCUUGGACAGCUAG